AUGGCGGGGGAGAGGGAGCUGAAGCUGUUCCACAAGUCGGAGAGGAACAUGUUCCGGAGGCUGGUGCUGGACCUGGGCCAGGAGGCGAUCUGCAUGCGGUGGGUGAUCGCGCUGUGGCUCUACUUCGAGUCGGUGGGCCACGACGACUUCAUCCACCGCCUGGCCGCCAUGCCGGCCCCCGUCCUGGGCCGCUUCGUCCACGAGGCCAUGUCCUGCCUCGCCGCCCUCGCCGACCGCGUCCUCCCCGGCGCCUGCACGACCCUGCGCUGCACCAACGCGCUGCUCAAGCGCCCCAUCGACGGCGGCGUCGGCUACUUCGAGGAGCACCGUGACGCGGUCAUGGCCGGGGUCAACCCCCUCUACAAGGACGUCUGCUGCGUCGUGCUCGACGACGAACUCGUCGCGGACGACGACGCCGCGCUCCUGCUUCCGGCCACCGAAGCGGACCUGUUCCGUGACCUCGUGCGCGCCACCGCCGGACAGCCCGUGGCGGCCGCCGGGUUCGCGGCAGGCGGCCACGCUGCUGCUUCUUCUUCUGCUGCUGCUCCGCCGGCGCCUGCGGCGAGGAUGUCGACUCUGCGCGCCGCGGCCGAGCCGUGGUGCCCAGCGCCGAUGCCGGCGCCAGAUCAGUGGCAGCCAGUGCGGAUGGCACCGAGGCAGGCGCCGGUCCAGCAAGAGUGGCAGCCGGUGCAAGAGUGGCAGCCAGUGCCGGUCCCAGACUGGCAGCAAGUACUCCCGCCGGUGCAGCAGGCGCAGCUGCCCGAGGAUCACCGGUCGCUGUUCGCCACCUUCUCCAGAGGAUACCCCCUCACCAAGGAGGAAAUCUUGGACUUCUUCGAAACGGAGUUCGGGCCGUGCGUGGAGGACGUGAAGAUGGAGAAGCCGGCGGAGGGGAAGACGCCGAUGUACGCGAGGGUGGUGCUGAGGAGCCAGGACAUGAUCCCGGUGGUGCUGGAGGGGAACGAGACGGCCAAGUAUGUCAUCAACAAGAGGCACCUCUGGAUCAGGGUCUACGUGCCCAACAACAGGCACUCCUCCUCCAACUCCUCCCUGCAUGACUGA